CGGCUACAGCUGCUUGGUUGUUGUGUAGUAGAGCUUGCAGUCUGUUCAUGUAAACAACACUGCAGGAUGAGAAUAGGACGUUUUCUCUUAUAGCUGUUGUUCUCUCACCUUAACAUGGCACAGCCGGCGGAGAAAGCUUACUAUCGCUUUAUGGUGCUGUUCUUCAACUGCCUGUUGACAUUUGGCUCCUAUUUCUGCUUUGACAUCCCCAGUGUUUUACAGGAUCAGUUCCAAGGGAACCUGACAUGCAAUGCAACAGUGAUCAAUGGGACAGUGGACUGUGUGGCAGGAUUGGGGAUGACCCCUCAACAGUACAACCUUCUCUAUGCUAUCUAUGCAUGGACGAAUGCAAUAGUAGUGAUCCUAGCUGGGUUCCUGAUUGACAAACUAGGAAACCGCUUUGGGGUGUUUCUGUUCUCCUUCUUGUGUGUGUUGGGCUCAUCCCUGUUUGCACUGGGUUCCCACUUCAGAGGAACUCCGUAUCUGCUUCCGCUAAUGCUAACAGGCCGACUGCUGUUUGGAUCAGGCAAUGGAUCUCUGACCAUUGUUCAGAACCGCAUCACAGCCUUCUGGUUCAAGGGGAAGGAGCUGGCUUUGGCCUUUGGUCUGACCUUGGCUUUCUCUCGCCUGGGGUCAGUCCUGAACUUCUUUCUCACUCAGAAAUUUGAAGAACAAUAUGGCAUGCAGUGGACACUCUGGGGUGGUGCAUUAUUGUGUGUGCUGGGCUUUGCAUCCGCCAUCAUCGUCAGCACCCUGGACAAGGUAGGAAUGAGGCAGCUGGGUCUUGAUGGUGCCAUCCAGGAGCAGUCUCGCAAAGUGAGAAUUCAGGAUGUGAAACUCCUAUCGCUAAGAUACUGGUUGCUGGUUCUAACUAUCAUGUUCUUUUAUAAUGGCAUCUUCCCCUUCAUUGCAGAUGCCAGUAAGUUCAUUCAGGAUAAGUACAAUGGCUACAGUCAGAAGGAGGCAGCUUAUAUCGCCGGGGCGGUUUAUGACAGCUCACUAGUCCUCUCAGCCAGCGUCGGCAUUCUCAUAGAUUAUGUGGGUCUGCGCGGGGUCUUCGCAUUGGGCUGCGCUGUCCUCACACUGCCUGUGUUUGGUCUCCUGGCCUUCACCUUCGUCCCUCCUCUGGUUUCCACCAUUUGGCUGGGAGUCACCUACUCCUUUGCUGCUGCAAGCAUGUGGCCGUCUAUUCCCCUUGUGGUACCUCAGGCGACUCUGGGAACAGCCAUGGGUCUGGCUACCUCCAUACAGAUGGUUGGGAUUGGGCUGUCCAAUUUGGUUGUUGGGCAGAUUUUGGGCACCAAAUCUAGUGAAAAGAUUCCACUGUGGCGUUGGCAGAGGAUGAUGAUCUUCAUGUUGGCCAACACCAUCAGCUGUAUCAUCACAUCAGUGCUACUCAAUAUUGUCGACCACAGACAGGGCGGGAUUCUGAACAGGACAACUAAAAAAUCAGGGCAGGCAGAGAGAGAUGAGGACAGAGAGCCGCUCAACCAGGGAGAGGAAGAGCAAAAUGAGGAUGAGGAUGAUGGCGCAGUCCAAUCUCACUCAGUCAACUCAUGAGUUUUUCAUGUUAAAGGACCAGUGUGUAAGAUUUAGUGGGAUAUGUUGGCAGUAUGUUUUAAUAAUGUAUAAUUACCUGUAAAUUAGAUUUAUUGCAUUCCAAUCAGUUGGUCAUUUGGUUGCAAUCUGCACCCCCACCACUAGAUGCCACCGAAUCCUUCACACUGGACCUCUAACACUUUUUUCAAGUUUGAAGAUUUCUUUUUCUCUUCCCCUUUUUAUAUAUUUGUUACAUGUACCAGUUUUUAGACAGGACUCAGCAUAUUGUACUCUGCACUAACACCACACUACUUUUCCAUAUCAUGUCUUGGUUACUGCAGGGAAAUAAUUCAAAACGAAUCCGUUAAGCAGUAUUUACACCCAAACAGUAUCUGUACUUUAUAUUAAAUGUGAAUAUUGCAGGAUUUUCUAAUGAUGCCAGUAAGUAGGAUUCCACAAAGUCUAACCAUCACAUCAUUUGUUGAGCUGAAACACAUUACUUACUCAGCUAUCAACUGUACUGCCAUAACUGACUGUGAGGAUCUUACUGACGUUACUGAAUAAUUGGUAUGUCCUAAUAGCAUGCCACAGAAAUGUAAUGUCUGUUUUCUAUAUUUUAUUUUUCUAAUGAAAGAGUGAAGAGUUGACAUCUGUAUGUUUGAGGCUAGACAUUUCAUUAUAUGGUUGAAUAAGGGAAUUUGAUUUGUUUUAUAUUGCCAAAACUGGAGCAAUAAAAUGCUGCUAACUGUU